AUUGGGUUUCAUUUUAUCAUCAAAAAUGGGUUAUUGCAUCCCUUAAUAACUGUGUAUCACAAAUUGACAGUAAUAUUUGGAAAUCAUCUCCUGAUAAUACGAAUAUUGUCAAAGCCUCUCAUGCUUUAAGUAAUCGGUGUGGGAAAAGUUUAAAAUUAAUGAGUGCUAUUUUGCAGGGGCGCAAAUUGGAUAAGAAAAAGUUUACAGCAAUUCGUAUUCAUCAACAAUAUAAUGUACUCAAUCAUGGACGAGACAAAGGCAUAAUUAGUCGCAAUGUUUUAUCGAAUAAGCAUAGAGUAACCACUAUUAAUUCUGAUGAUUCAAACGAAAGUAACCAGAAUAAAAGCUUAACUGUUGAUAAACUUGAAUACCAAGAAUGA